AGGAAGUAAAGCGACUACAACAAAACCGCGCGUGGUUGAAAUCCUCAAACAGAAGCGCGUCGCCUUCCAUUCGGCUGCAUCCGAUAAACACGCAACGUAUGUGGUGGAUCAGUAACAUUAGCUACACGACAACCGCAACGACGAAAGAGUUUUGUGAUUGCAGUGGGAAAAUGUCUGCAAGGACCACAGCAAAGUACGUGAAGGAAAUGGACCGCAGUCGUCGACGACCGGAACAUCUUUGGCUGCAGCCUUAUGUUGUGUUGCGCAGAGCAGACAUCAGUAAAGCUAUUCGUCCUAAGCAGGAGGAGCCAGACCGCACUCGCAUUAAAGAGGAAGAUGUGGGCAAAGAGGUCCACCACUUCAAUGAACAAAUGCAGCAGAAGUUUCUUUGCACUAUAAAAGAGGAGGAAGAGCCGGAGCGACCUUGCCAGAAAGAGGACGGAGAAGACUCCUGCGACAUCAAAAAGGAGGAGGAAGAUACCUGCGAGAUGCCAUUGACUGGUGUACUUGUGAAGCGUUUAGAUGAGGCUCAACAUGAGGUGAGCAAAGGGGCGGAGCCUCCAAGCUGCAGCUCAAGUCCACAUAGGACCAGAGAAGGUGAUGGAGACCACUGUGGGGCAUCACGAGCAGCUUCACCAUCAGAUAGUGAUGACGUGUUGUCACAUGUUACUGCUGAUGAUGAUGACGACUCUCAAAACAAACACAGGCAAUGUUCUCACUGUGGAAUUUUUUUUGCUCAUAGCAGUCGUUUGAAACAACACAUGAAAAUGCACAGAAGAAAGAAAAACUUUUCCUGUUCAGAUUGUGGCCAAAAAUUCUCUCAGAGUGGAUCUUUAACAAUGCACACAAGAAUCCACACUGGCGAGAAACCUUUUUCAUGCUCAGUUUGUGGCCAAAAGUUCUCUCGGAGGGGAAGUUUAAAUAGGCACGCAAGAAUCCACACUGGUGAGAAACCUUUCUCAUGCUCAGUUUGUGGCCAAAUGUUCUCUCAGAGGGGACAUUUAAAUUCGCACACAUUAACCCACACUGGCGAGAAACCUUUC